CUUCCCUAUCCGGGAAUCAAAAUCCCAACGUAAGAACAUGAGAAUGUCGAAAUUUGUUUUUGAGACGCAUAUAUAUUCCAUCGACUUUUGACCUCGGAAGAAAAUACUACAAGAACAGAGUCUCACAGUCUCUUCAACUGAUAUAUAGCCAUCCGCUGUUUUUCAUCAUGGCCUUACAAAUCAAAAGCGUGAUGCUACUUGGGGGGAGCGGAACACUCGGCCCAUUUAUCAUCGAUGCGUUACUUCAAGCAGGGUCCUUCGAUGUUUCUGUCCUCAGUCGCCCGACAUCGAAAUCUACCUUCCCUCCCAAUGUCAAGGUGCACAAGAGUGACCUCUCCAGAGCUUCCCUCACCGAUGUAUUUCGCGGACAGGAUGCAGUGAUUGAUCUUAUUGCUCAGGGCUCUCUUGAAGAUCGAAAAAGAUACAUUGAUGCCGCUGUGGAAGCUGGUGUGAAGAGAUUUAUCCCCAGCGAAUUCAGCUCCAAUAUGGAGAAUGAGGCAAAUGUUGCACUUAUCCCCCCACUGUUCAUGACCCGAGUUGCUACAAGGGAUUACCUGAAGUCAAAAGCUGCUUCAAACCCCAAUUUCUCCUAUACGGUGGUAUCGAAUGGCCCUUUUUACGAGUGGGGUUUGAAUACUAACUUCUUGGGCUUCAAUGCCAAGGAGUGCAAAGCUGUGAUUUAUGACGAUGGUACCCAACGCUUUAGCAGCACAACUCUCAGCAGCGUUGGUAAGGCGGUCGCAGGAAUACUUUCCAAGCCCGCGGAGACUGCAAACAAGGGUCUUUUCAUCGCUUCUUUUACUCCCAAUCAAAAUGAAAUACUCGCGACUCUGGAGGAGAUAACGGGAAAGAAAUGGGCUGUGGAAAAAGCCUCAACCACGGAAGCUUUGCAGCAGGGCCGGGAGAAAUUAGGAAAGGGAGACAUGUCUGGAUUCUUUCAGCUACUCAUAGCCAGUACCCUGGGUCCCGAGAACGGGAAUAACUACGAAGAGAGUGCUACCCUGAGCAAUGAUCUUCUGGGGCUGCCAAAGGAAGAUCUGAAAACCGUUACCAAGGCUGUUUUGGAAGGGAAUUGAUGAUUUGAGAUCGAGGCCUAGCCCGGAGCAACGGUCUGCAGUUAUUGAUACUCAAUUGCCACAUGCUGUUUAGAAGUCC